AUGGUUGACGGUUACCCAGACAAUGCCGUCGCCGUCAUUGGCAUGGCCUGCAAGUUUCCAGGCGCCGACUCCUUAGAAGAGUACUGGCAGCUGCUGGACGAGGGCAGGUCUAUGUGCGAACCGGCACCUGAAGGUCGCUUCGCCACAACAGAAAGUCGACGGCACCAGGAGAAAUCCAUUUACAACGGCAACUGGAUUUCCGAUAUCGACGCCUUUGACCACAAGUUCUUCCGCAAGUCCAGCCGUGAAGCUGCCUCGAUGGACCCUCAGCAACGUCUUCUCCUACAGGUGGCCUAUCACGCGCUCGAAUCAUCGGGAUAUUUUGGUCCAGUCCAGCCGCGCACAGAUGUCGGUUGCUAUGUCGGUGUCUGCGCAUCCGAUUAUAAUGAUAACGUAGCAGCACAUCCACCAAAUGCAUUCUCUACCCUAGGAACCCUUCGUGCCUUUUUGACCGGGAAGAUCAGUCACUACUUUGGCUGGACGGGCCCUUCUGUAUCCGUUGAUACAGCGUGUUCAUCUUCUAUGGUGGCCAUUGAUGCUGCCUGCCAGGCGAUCCUGCUUGGAAAUUGUUACAGCGCCGUCGCGGGUGGUGCUUCCCUCUUUACGAGUCCAUAUUUCUUUCAGAAUCUAUCCGGAGCUUCAUUCUUGAGUGCAACAGGGCCAACAAAGUCAUUUGAUGCAGAUGCAGAUGGUUACUGCCGUGGAGAGGGUAUUGGAUUGGUCGUAUUAAAAAAGCUAUCGAAUGCGUUGGCUGACAACGAUAACAUUCAAGGCGUGAUCUUAUCCACUGCCGUAGCUCAGAGCAGUAACCUUGUUCCAAUCACUGUGCCAUACAGCCCCUCACAGACCUCCCUAUACCGCAGAGUUCUGCAGCAAGCGAAUGUAUCUCCACAAGAAGUGACCUACCUGGAAGCCCACGGCACUGGGACAAGGAUCGGUGAUCCACAAGAAUAUGACGGUAUUCGAGAGGUAUUUGGCUGCCAGGGACGACGUGAACAGCCUCUUUAUUUCGCUUCGGUAAAGGGCAACAUUGGCCACACUGAAGGUGCAUCGGGUGUGGCUGGCCUUAUUAAAACAUUGCUGAUGAUGGAGCGAGGUGUGGUACCCAGACAAGGCAGCUUCAAGCAACUAAACCCGAAGAUCAAGUUGGAACAGAACCUGAUGAUUCCAACAUCCUCUGUGCCAUGGACGGCGAAGACAUUAAUUGCUUGCAUCAACAACUAUGGUGCCGGCGGCAGUAUCGCAGCCGCAAUGGUUAAGGAGGCUCCCAAGGCAUUUGCACCGACGAGACCCUCUUCGCUGGCUUCUCAGGUUCGCUAUCCUGUUUUUCUCUCGGCACACUCCCCUCAAAGUCUGAGUGAGUUGGCUUCGCGACUGCGCACGUACCUCAACCAGCUGCCCCCUUCAUCAAGCAGGAACACCCUGGCAGAUUUUGCCUUCAACCUCUCUGAUCGACAAAAUCGAUCCCUACCGAAUAUCAUGGCGACUUCUGUUUCCAGCAUGUCGGAGCUGGAUGAUCAGCUGCGUAUCGUAGCUUCCGUUCCCGAUUCUGCUCCUUCGCAGACCGCCGUGACUAACCCCAAGCCUAUUGUGCUCGCAUUUGGGGGCCAGACAAACCGAUCUGUCGGCCUCAACCCGGCUGUGACGGAGGCCUCAGGACUAUUUCGCUCUUAUCUCGAUGAAUGUGAUCGAAUUUUGAAAGCAUUCGGUAGCAACAGCAUUUACCCUGGUAUUUUUGAGUCCAAUCCGCGUGAUGACAUCGUUGGUCUUCAGACAAUGCAGUUUGCCGUGCAGUAUGCCUCCGCCAAAACCUGGAUGGACUCUGGCCUGCACGUUGACUAUAUUGUGGGCCACUCGUUCGGCCAGCUAGUUGGAAUGACUGUCGCAGGGAUCCUCUCUCUCGAGGAUGGCCUAAAGCUGGUUCACGGCCGCGCUGCGCUGAUGCAACAUGAGUGGGGACUUGAGCGCGGAGAAAUGGUUGCCCUAGACGCCGACCUUAAGACGACGCGGGAGCUCAUCGCAAGCUCAUCGCCAAACGACAAGCUAGAGAUUGCAUGCUUCAACGGACCGAAAAGCCAUGUUGUGGUUGGCUCUAACGCCGCCAUCGACGAACUUAUCGACAAACUUCGGCUUUCCUCGGCGGUGAAGUAUAAGAAGCUGAACGUAACGCAUGGCUUCCAUUCUCGCUUUACUGACGAUAUUUUACUGGCUCUAAAAUCUCUGGCGGAAACUUUGACUUACUGUUCCCCACAGAUUCCUCUUGAAACCUGCUCAGAUAGCUCAUCAUGGCCCGCGCCCACUCCACAGCUGAUCGCCGAACAUACCCGAGUACCAGUAUAUUUAGGCCAGGCGAUCAAUCGCAUAGCAAAUCGUCUUGGGUCUUGUAUCUGGCUUGAGGCAGGAUCCAACUCAUCCAUCACAAGCAUGGCACGUCGUGCCGUAGGUGACGACGUUCAGAGCCACAGCUUUAUUCCCCUCAAUCUUAGCAGCCCUAGUGCUAUUGGGUCUUUGGCGGAUGCGACAGUCCAGUUGUGGCGUAAUGGCCAUCACCGUGUCCAGUUCUGGCCAUUCCACCGUGUCGAGAGAUCCUCUUACACUCAGCUGAAUCUACCCCCCUUCCCGUUUGAGAAGACUAGGCACUGGCUGGAGUGGGUGGAGGAAACGCCUGCCGCUGCCCCAGUCUCCAUCACUCAGGACGCAGACAAGGAUACUAACAAUAACCAGCUGCUUUUCUCUCCCAUGUGGCUCAACGGUAACCGGCAAACUGCGAGGAUUCGCGUCAAUACCCGCAGCGAUGAAUGGCAGCGAGUAGUCCAAGGCCAUGCUGUCCUCAACAAUCCUCUCUGUCCUGCGCCGCUCUACAUUGAGUUGGUCGCCCGGGCGAUCAAAAUCCUGGGGCUUGGUGAUGUGUCCUCAUUCCGCUCUCUCGAGAUUGUGGCGCCUUUGGGGCUCAGCCAAGAUGCGGAUUUGGCUCUGCAGCUUAAUCAGCAAACCGACAGCUGGUCGUUUUCCUUUGUCUCACAAGCGCUGAAUGCAUCACAGCACCAGGAGCCGGCUGUGCACGCGACUGGAGCUGUCACUAUUGUCGAGGACAGUAAUAGUACAAAGGCCGAGUUUGCUCGAACUGCGCGGCUACUUCCCUAUAACCGGGUCAAGGAACUUCUUUCCCAUGCCGAUGGUGAGGCCAUGAAUGGUGCUCUCGUUUACAAGGUGUUUAACCGGGUCGUCCAAUACGACGACUAUUACAAGGGGGUCUCGCGCGUUGUGGCCAAAUCCGGCCAAGUUGCCGCCGACGUCGUCCUUCGCAAUCCGCCAUUGCCGUGGGCCGCAGAGCAGGUCUGUAAUCCUCUAGCCUUGGAUAACUUCUUGCAGGUUGCUGGACUGCAUGUCAACAGUCUCCGAGACUGUGCGGACACAGAUGUUUACGUUUGCACCAAGGUUGAUCGACUAUCAAUAAGUCCAAGUUUCGCUGCUUCAUCGUCACAACCUGGGCACGGUAGCUGGGGAGUAUUUUCGAAUUUAAACGUCGUCAAUGACAAGCAGGUUGAGAAUGACGUUUAUGUCUUUGAUGCUACAACCGGGGAGCUCAUUUUGAUGGUUGUUGGUGCUCAGUUCAGCAGAGUUCUCAUCACAUCGCUUAGCAGGGUGCUGUCGAGAGCUAAUAACUCGACGACAUCUACCACCGCAGCAGCACUAUCCAUCCCUGUAGCGGCAUCAUUCUCUGAUAUUCCCUUUGCUGCUCCUCGAACGCCUGCAGCGCAAUCGUCAGCUCCCGCAAAGGCCCGGGCGGUGCGAAAACAAAAAGCGCCUGGUAUUGAAAAAGAACUUCGACAGCUUCUUUCAAAGAUCACAGACGUCCCCGAGCAGGAAUUCCGCAGUCAAGCAACACUGGAAGAUCUCGGUAUUGACUCAUUGAUGAUCACGGAAAUUGUCUCCGAGAUUAGCACAGCAUUCAGAAUCAACAUUCCGCAGGAAGAUCUUGCAGAUUUAGUAACCUUUGAAUCCCUAAGCACCUAUCUUGUCCGCAGGGGUGCUCGCGGAAACAGUGCCAAUGAGGAAGAGGAUAUUGUUGAAGAUGAGGAUUCGCAAAACCAGGUGUCUCUUCCCGAUAUCGCAGCCGCAGUAUCGAAGGCUGCCCGGCCUGACUCUCAGAGAGACGAAAAUCUCCGAGUGCAGUUGGCCCAAUUGGUCGCCAGUCACUUGGAAGUCGCGGCCAGCAACUUUGUUCGAACAACAAAUCUCGCUGAUCAGGGACUUGACUCACUUCUCUGCAUGGAACUAGCAAGCGAUAUUGAGCGAUCUUUUGCUGUGAGAAUUGACGUAACGCUGCUCACUACGGAGUCUACCUUUAGUGACCUAGCCGACAUGGUUUUUGGAAAGGGUAGUGGGAGCGAAAGGGCACUACUUCCAUCUUCAUCACCAUCCAGUUCAGAAACCGAGAGCUUAGGAACUUCUACCCCAGCAGGUACUGAUACUGACUAUGAGCAGAUCUCACUCCCAGACAAUGGGUACAGUCCUCAACAGGCGUUUGAGAAGAUUCAAUUCGACUAUGAUCAGUAUGCAAAGGAGUUAGGGUUCAUAGGGUUCUGGAAGAAUGUCUAUCCCACGCAGGCACGACUUGUACUUGCUUACGUUGUUGAAACCUUCCGUGACCUGGGUUGUCCACUGGGUGCGCUCCAGCCGGGACAGACUAUCCCACUACUGCCCAUCUUGCCCAAGCACGACCGUAUCCGUGGCGUGUUUUAUGAAGUCCUGAGAGACGGUCAGAUCGCGGAAUACACGGGCAAGGAGUAUAUCCGCUCUGAAAAACCCCUUGACCCGGCAAGCUCCGCAGAGAUCUACUCAGAGAUCAUCCGCGCUCACCCACAGCACGCUAAGGAGCACGAGCUACUCCAUUUGUGUGGCUCAAUCAUGGCAAAGCUUGUCAGCGGUGAACGGGAUCCCCUUCAACUGCUAUUUGGAACCAAGAAGAACAAGGAGUUGUUGGAAGAAGUGUACAGCAAUGGGCCAAUGUAUCGGGCAAUGAGUCAGUUACUGGCUGCGUUCCUCAAACAGGCACUGAGUAACCGCUCAAUGCCGGUUCGCAUCCUUGAACUAGGCGCGGGAACAGGCUCGACAACAAAAUGGGUCGUUGAUAUCCUCGUACGUUCUGGGAUUGCAUUCAAUUAUACCUUCACCGACAUAUCGCCAUCGCUAGUCGCCGCUGGAAGGCGCAAGUUCUCCAAAUACGACUGCAUGGAGUUCCAGGUAUUGGAUAUAGAGAAGGACAUCCCUCAGAAAUUCUUGAAGUCCUUUGAUACCAUCCUCUCGACAAACUGCAUCCACGCAACAAGUAACUUGCCGAACUCCCUUUCCCAUAUUUACCAGAUGUUGCGACCUGGUGGAUUUGUUUCUCUGGUCGAGUUUACCAAGAACAUGUUCUGGUUCGAUCUUGUCUUUGGUCUCUUGGAAGGUUGGUGGUUGUUCAACGAUGGUCGUCAGCACGUUCUUGCCGAUGAAGCCUUCUGGGAGCGUUGCAUGCGGAAUGUUGGGUUCCAACACGUCGCAAUGACCGAAGGUCCGAGCCUAGAGUCUAACACCGUGCGGAUCAUCACUGGCUUCACUAACAAGGCGACCGAACCGCCUCGCACCGCGUCAUGGAUUGACAGGAAGAAAGACGAAACCGAGAUGGAAACAGUGGCUUUCAACACCACUAAGGAUGGUGUGAUCUUGCGUGUCGAUAUCUACUAUCCAUCAGCGUCUUCAACGAUGGGCUCGUCAGGAUCAUCCUCACCUAAACAAUGGCCGGUUGCGCUGUUGAUCCACGGAGGCGGACAUAUCAUGCUUUCGAGGAAAGAUAUUCGAACAAAGCAAGUCCAACAUCUGAUCCGUCAUGGUAUUCUUCCUGUCAGCGUGGACUACCGACUAUGUCCCGAGGUUAAUAUUGUUGACGGCCCAAUGCGUGAUGUCCAGGAUGCCUUCGUCUGGGCUCGAACCCAGCUGUCUUCCCUGAAGCUAUCCGCGUCGCCCUUCUUGUGCAUUGAUGAUAGCCGUGUUGCCGUAGUUGGCUGGUCCACUGGUGGCACAUUGGCUUUGACGCUAGGAUGGACUCCUGAAGUCAAGGCUCCAGAUGCGAUCCUCUCAUUUUACUGCCCGACUGACUAUGAAGAUCCAUGCUGGCAAGCACCAAACUUCCCCAGUAAAUCCGAGACUGAGGCCCAGAAUGAAGAUUAUGAUCUUUUGGAUGGAGUGUAUAACCAGCCUAUCACGAGCUACAACGUGCCGCCCUCAAAGCGGGCAACUGGGGGAUGGAUGUGCCCGUCAGACCCGCGAUCUCGCAUUAUCCUCCAUAUGAAUUGGCGCGGCCAGAUGCUCCCAGUACUUUUCAACGGCCUACCGUCCAAGACUGCUGCUCAUCAACUGUCACCCGAGGAACAAAAGCAAUUAGCGUGUCUCCCGCAACCAUCUCCUGAGCAGAUCGCCAAGUUCAGCCCUCUUGCCCACAUCGUGAAGAACGAGGUCCAGUCGCCCACGUACCUUGUGCACGGGACUGAAGACGAUCUGAUCCCAUGGCAGCAGUCGCAGCGGACAUACGAGGCUCUUGUUGCGGCUGGGGUGGAUGCUGGUAUCUCAGUGCUGGAAGGCCAGCCGCAUCUCUUUGAUCUGUUCAGCGAUGGGGAUGGGAAGAAGUGGGAACGAAUAUUGGAGGCUUUUGACUUUGUUUUCCGGCACCUUGGUGUUGCAUAA